AUGGCGGACAGAAUCACUCAGUUACAAGAUGCCCUAAAUCAGGUGAAUUUUCGCUCUUUUUUCAACGCACACAACCUGAAGCGAUUUCAUAGUGCAUUUAAUGAAACUCUCUUUACGUAAAGAAGAAAAAUGUCCAUAUCGAAGUGUAAAAUGCGACUUGAUCGGCCAAUUAGUCAAAUUCAUAAUUGAGGAUUAGAUCCGCGCUGUCUAUCAAAUAGCCUGUGCACAGACGCCCCACCUCCCCUGAGAAAAUAUCAGGGAGAGAGACGUCUGUGAAUCGCCGUCGUUAAUCGUGUUCCGGUAAACACUUACGUAAAUUAUUCUGUUUGUUUUCCCUCUGACAGUUGAAAAGGUGUUGACAAACCAACACCACUCUUGUUGUUCCUUUUUUCCCCCGUUCCCCCGUUCCCCUUGUUUCCCCUGUUCUUCUUGUUCCCCUUUUCCUUUUGUUCUCCUGAUCCCCAUUCUCUAUUUCCCCUUGUUCCCCUUGUUCCCCUUCUCCCUUGUUACCCUGUUCCCCCAUUCCCUGUUCCCUGUCUCUUGUUACCCUGUUCCUCUUGUUCCCCAGUUUCCCUUGUUUCCUCUUCUCUUUGUUCCUCUUUUUCCCUUGUUCCCUUGUUUCUCCUGUUUCCCUUGUUCUCCUUGUUCCCCUUUUUCCGCUGUUGCCCUUGUUUUCCUGUUCCCCUUGUUCCCCUGUUCCCCUUGUUCCCCUGUGUGUGUUUUUUGAUUAAGCCUUUGAUUUUACUUUGAAUUGUGUGCCAAAAACAAGCUAAUUUUUUUAAGGUUCCUGUUUUAUUGUAGCUUGCAGAUCAGUUUUGUAACAGUGUUGGCAUAUUGCAACAAACAGCUCAGCCUGGAAGAAAGUUUACUGGCUUUGACCAAUGUGAGUUUAGAACAGAUAUAUGUACAGUAAUAUAGUGUGAAAGGAUUUUACCAAAUGAAGUACCAUAUUUCCUUGAACAAUAGCCAUCCCUCGAUUAAUUGCCUGUCUUGAAUAAUCAUCCCCCUUUGUUAGAAAUAUUAAAAAUUAUUGGCUCCCUCAAAUAAUUAUUGUUCCCCACACAUCUUACCAUCAUGAGUUCUCUUUCUUUUUUCCCCUCCCUGUCAAUAUGAUCCAGCAAAACUGAUCAGUGAUGAUUCAAGCUCUGAAAAUUAAUCAAGGAACCAUAUUUGGAACACUUAAAAAGCCCAUGUUCAGUUUAUUUGAUGUCAUAUUUUUUUUCAUUUCAAUGGGAUUGUAAAACAAAAUAUUUGAAAUAAUCAAUAUUUCAAUCAAUAUUUGAAAUAAUGGCCUCCCUGGAAUUAUCGCCUUCCCUCAAAUAAUCACCUCCUUUUGAUGCAAAAAAAGAAAUAAUCACUCACAGAUAUUAUUCAGGAAAUACGGUACAUUAUUAAGCUUUUCAAGUAACUUGGUUAUUUUUUUUCUUUUUUUGUAGCAUCAGGUGGAGAUGGUGGAGAUGUUACUCAAGAAGGUUUGCAAAAUUUACUUAUUUGAACAUUUCUUGAAUUUAUAAAAGCUUGCCAGUUAUUUAUAUAGUUUAAUAAAAUAAUGCACUAGUUUAAUGCUCCUGGAGUCAAAGAAGUUUUGUUAGAAAAGAACUGCUAGGUUUUGGUGAAACAGAGAGAGAGAGAGAGAGGUGACAUAAAUUAUCUGUGAAUUAUAAUGGAACUGUAUAAUUUUGUACUUAGGGCAUGCUGCUUUGUUUGCCACUCUUAUUGCAAGAACUGCCAAGGAUAUUGAUUUCUUGAUUGAAUCUCUGCCAAGUGAAGAAUGCUCGCCAGCUCUUCAGGUAUCAGCAAUGUCUGUUUUGUAUGUUAUGUAAAGGACAGCAGGUUAUUAGAUAUGUUCCAUUCGAGAUAACAAAUUGGACAAAAUUAUUAAUAAUUAAUGAUUAUAAUGAUUAUAAAUUAUUUAUAAUGAGGAACAAAAUAUGCUAUUAAUGCAAUCUGCUAUAUUUGGCAUCAUAAUUAGGUAGAAAAAGGUAAAGAGUCCUUAUUUCACGUUGAUAGCUUGAAAUAGUCAUCUUACUAACAAAUCUGAGGCUGACAGUGCCCUCAUUUUACCCCCCUCCCCACCCCUCCUUCCCUAUGUUGUACAGGUAUUUAAAGCUACAUAAAACUACACGAGAAGGAAAGAAGACUAAAGAAUGAUUUGUGGUUACACCUUGGAAUCUAGCUUGGGACCUCCCGCACAGAAGGCUGCACACUACCUACAUUUAACUGUGCUAAUCCUUCCACCUUAGCUUUUAUGCAGUUGAGCUGUACACAUCUCUGUUAUAAUAUGAUAUUACACUCUUCAACGCAUCUGUUGAUCAGAUUAAGACAUGUUUAGGUUACCCAGCUAAGAAUUAUUAAGAAUUAUAUCACAACUUUUGGCAAUUUUUUGAAACUGUUUUUUGUUCAUUGGCCACACAGGCAGCAAGCUUACACAAGUUGGAAAGUGAAAGUUCUGCUGCUGGUAGAAAAUUAGAGGAAGCUGUAAUGAGAGGAGGUAAAUGAACUUCAAUGAUAAGAAUUUUUGUGGUCUUGUGGGGAUCUAUCUCCUUCUACUUUAUAGAGCAAAGGUUGUGUGAUAUCCCUUCUGGCUUUAGCCUGAGAAAAAAGCUGACAUUUUGCGACACCAGCACUGGUUUCCCUGCGAAAUGACAUCUGAGAAACAAACCCAAAUAUUCCAUACUGAUGAUGCACCACUACCCAGAUCUGGGUAUUGCUUCUGAUUGCUUGUGCCAUGUAGGAACUUUUCUUCAACCAAUCAGAAGCACUACCAAGAUGUGGGAAGUGACAUGUCAUCAGUAUAGAAUUUAUGCACUUGUUUCUCAGACAUCAUUUUAGAGCGAAACCAGCACGGGCAAAAGGGUAAAAUGUAAGCUUUUUUCUCAGGCUUCUCUAGAUUUUAAUCCAAGUAGUCUAAAGGGCAAGUUGUGAUGAUGUGAUUCGUGCAUAAAAUCCUAUGGUGUAACCAUUCAAAAUUAAUCCUCUUCAGUAGUUUGUUCGCUUGGUACUAUUUAUUUAAUAUCUACUUCUAAGUUUUGAGUCUUUUAAUGAAUUCCUAUGGUAUAACCAUUCAAAUUAAUCCUCUUCAGUACAUGUAGUUUGUACACUAGGUACUAUUUAUUUAAUAUGUUUCUCCAAGUUUUGAGUCUGCCAAUGAAAUCUUGUGGUGUGACAAUUCAAAUGAAACCACUUAAGCAAUACUUUUAUAGUAUGUGGUUCUAGUUUUUAAGUCUUUGGAUGUAAUAAUGUGGUGUGACCAUUCAAAUGAAAAAGAGAUGUCUGCGUGUAAGAAAAUAAUGCUGAACUCAAGUCACAGUAAAGGACAAGAUUACCUUUCCUUUGUGUCGCCAUUUGAUGUCUGUCUGUCACUCAUGUUUUUCUUGGUUUUUGUGGAUUCAUGCUGUAAGGAUAUGUUGUCCAAAUCAACUUUAUCUGAUUGAUUCUCCUGUUUUUAUUCUCAGAAAAGCUACUGGAGUUGAUUCAAAAGGCUCUGAGUGAUAUUGCAGAGUCAAAGCUUUCGACCACAUGAGCUGUCCACACUGAGAAAUAGCUUUAUAGAAAAGGGAGGUGAAACAACCAUACAAGAUGAACUUACUGGUAGAGCAGGACUUUGUCAUCAGAUUGGAAGUGCUUAACGAUUACAUUCUCCAAGUCAAAAGAAGUUGGACGUACUGGCAGCAAAACCCCUCUGGCCUCAAAAUAAAAGCAUUCAAAAACAGACAAUCCACCGCAAAACCACUUUUUUGAACAUGCUAAGAUGAAAUACUGCUCUUUUUGCAGUAG